AUGUUCUUGCGCUUGCCGUAUCCCAAGAUGUUUAUGUUUGGCGACGAGAAUAGUGGACUGUCGUAUCUGGGUCGCUUGGCGGGUGACGGGGUCGAGUUGGCGGAGAUUGUUGCUAGUGGGCAUUUUCCUAUGGAUUCUAAUCCUAUCGAGAUGUUUCGUCGCAAUGCGCGGUUUUUGGAUACUAUCUCUUUGGGAGAGGGUGGCUCGAAAUAG